AUGCAAAUAUACAGACUGGGUAAUGACAGUGGGAUCAAUCUGACUCUUGAUACUGCAGGUUCAACAACUCAGUUUUCAGAUGCCGUUAACAUCUUGAUCAUUGCGCUUAUAUCUUUACUUAUUUUACUCACUGUGGGAGGCAACACGCUUGUUAUAUUGGCUUUCUUUGUGGAAAAGAGACUCAGAAACCAGAGCAAUUUCUUUCUCCUAAAUUUGUCCAUAGCUGAUUUUAUUCUAGGCACAUUUGCCAUUCCUUUGUAUGUACCAUACUUGCUGACAGGAAAGUGGCUGCUUGGGAAAUUCCUCUGCAAACUGUGGCUGAUUGUUGAUUACACCAUGUGCACAGCGUCAGCAUUUAAUGUUGCCCUUAUCAGCUGGGAUCGAUUUCUCUCUGUCACUCAGGCUGUAUUAUACCGAUCACAACAGAACAGGCCCUGUCGGACAGUUAUAAAGAUGGCUGCAGUCUGGAUACUGUCAUUUCUUCUCUAUGGACCAGCAAUAAUUUUUUGGGAUUUUGUUCCCAGUACAGAGGAAAUUCCAGAAAACAUUUGUGUAGCUGGAUUUUAUUACACAUGGUAUUAUCUUCUUACAGCAUCAGCAUUCGAUUUUGUUCUUCCACUAAUAAGCAUUUCCUUUUUCAAUCUGAGCAUUUAUUGUAACAUUAAAAAACGCAGUCGAAGGAAAAUGCAAAACUCAAUUUCACUUCCUCCACAGAAGAGUAGAAAAGAGGCAAAACUGUGCACGAUAGCCACAAAUAUUACUCUUCAGUCCCCUCAGAUAGACAUCCAAAAGAAAUCAUUCAGGAGGAGAAUUAAUAUUUCCUGUAAUCAAUGCUUUGGUAUCAAAUCAUCUUCCCAUAAUAAUAAGAGAUCUGAUAGGGAAAACAAUCAAGUCUCUGAUCUUUCCAGGGACAAAAAAGUAGCAAAAUCUCUUUCAGUUUUGGUGUGUAUUUUUGCCAUUUGUUGGGCUCCUUACUCUUUCCUAAUGAGUAUACGUGCUGCCUGCCAUGGUUACUGCAUUCACAUUUACUGGUAUGAUAUAACAUUCUGGUUGCUGUGGACUAAUUCUGCAAUAAACCCUAUUAUCUAUCCUUUAUGCCACAAAGGUUUUCAAAAGGCAUUCCUCAAUAUUGUUAAAUACGUAUGCAUGAAGAAAACAAAUGACUCUGCAUAAUCAGUCUAUGUAAUACAAUGUCUAUCCUUUAAAAGAAAAAGGUUUCUUAGAUUUGCAAUGCUACCUGCUGCUACUGCACCCAGCAUGGCAGCCCAACAUAUGCUUCACAACAGGAUAGUGUGAGAUGAUGAUUUUUCUUGCAAUGAUGUUGGUUAAAUCGCUUGUUGGUUAACUAAAAAUUGCAAUCAUGUUU